CUGUCUCAGCGUCCCAGCCUCCAACUUGGCGCCAAGGCCUUCGCCCUCAUCGCCGUUGGAUUCGGCGUCAACGCCCUACUCCGCCCUGAACACGCCCUCAGUUUCUUCGAGUGGGAGAUGCCCACCACUCUCGCAGAGAGGCAACUCGUCGAAAGCCUCCUGUACGCAUACGGUGUCCGGGACAUCUUUUGGGGUUUCGCGACCUGGAUCGCCGCUGCCUAUGGGACCCCUAAAUCCGCCGGCUGGACUCUGGUCGGUGGUAGCGCGGUGGCAUUCGCUGAUGGGAUAAUUUGCUGGACUUGGGGUCAAGGCCAGUGGGGUCACUGGUCCUACGCUCCUAUCUUCGCUUUGCUCGGGGCUGCCCUAUUGGGUGUGUUUGACAAGGCAUAG